UGCACUUCCUCUCGGCAGCGCAGUCUUUCCGGCCAGGCUCCCCUCUAAUUGGCCGGCUCAGAACUUCCUCGGGGACUUGGCCACUCGGGGGCAACGCGGCGGCCUCUCUAGCCGCUGUCCCGAAGUUCGGUCUCGCCCUUUCGGCUGCGAGCUCUUUAUGGUGCCGGCAGCGACAUGUGGCGCCUCCCGGGACUUCUGGGCCGAGCUCUUCCCCGUACGCUGGGACCUAGCCUCUGGAGGGUGACUCCCAAGUUCACCAGCCCAGAUGGGCCUCAGACUACCUCCUCCACCUUGCUGGUUCCUGUGCCUAACCUUGACAGGUCGGGUCCCCAAGGCCCAGGUAGGAGCAGGGGCCCAAGGUCCCAUGGAUGGAAGGAUGCCUUCCAGUGGAUGUCUGCCCGUGUCUCCCCGAACACCCUACGGGAUGCCAUAUCAUGGGGCACUCUGGCUGUGCUGGCCCUGCAGCUGGCAAGGCAGAUCCACUUCCAUGCAUCCCUGCCAGCAGGACCUCGCCGAGUGGAACACUGCUCCUGGCACAGUCCCCUGGGCCGUUUCCUUUCAUCUCCCCUGUGUCACCCAUGCUCCUCACUGCGGCAGCACAUCCUCCCCAGCCCUGAUGGCCCAGCUCCCAGGCACGCUGGCCUCAGAGAACCCAGGCUUGGCCAGGAAGAAGCCUCAGCUCAGCCCCAGAACCUCUCCUCACACAACUCCUUGAGAGCAGCUCGUCCUCAGGACCCCUCCUCUGAGGAAGGUGUCGGCCUUUCCCUUGCAGGUCCCAGUGAUUUUGGCUUCCUGCAGGCCAGUAGCAGCAUCAAGUCCAAGGCAAAACCAGCCCAGCCUCAGCACGCUGGUGAACAGGAACAAGAUAAAUCAAAAACUCUUUCCCUCGAGGAGGCUGUGACUUCCAUUCAGCAGCUCUUCCAGCUCAGUGUUUCCAUCGCUUUCAACUUCCUGGGGACAGAGAACAUGAAGAGUGGUGACUACAAGGCAGCCUUUUCUUACUUCCAGAAAGCUGCAGCCCGCGGCUACAGCAAAGCGCAGUACAACACGGGCUUGUGUCAUGAGCAUGGCAGAGGCACCCCCAGGGACAUUAGCAAGGCGGUCCUUUAUUAUCAACUGGCUGCCAGCCAGGGCCACAGCCUGGCUCAGUACCGCUAUGCCAGGUGCCUACUACGAGACCCAGCCCCUUCGUGGGACCCUGAGCGGCAGAGGGCAGUGUCCAUGCUGAAGCAGGCUGCAGACUCAGGCUUGAGAGAGGCCCAAGCCUUCCUCGGGGUGCUUUUCACCAAGGAGCCCUACCUGGAUGAGCAGAGAGCUGUGAAAUAUCUUUGGCUUGCAGCCAACAAUGGGGACUCACAGAGCAGGUACCACUUAGGAAUUUGCUACGAGAGAGGCCUUGGUGUGCAGAGGAAUCUGGGAGAGGCCUUGAGAUGUUACCAGCAGUCGGCAGCUCUGGGAAAUGAGGCCGCCCAGGAGAGGCUGCGAGCCCUGUUUUCCACGGAGGCUGCAGCCCCGGGGCCCAGCGACCUGACAGUUACAGGACUGAAGUCUUUCUCCAGCCCCUCCCUCUGCAGCCUGAACACCCUGCUGGCAGGAACCACAUGCCUACCACAUGCCUCGAGCACAGGGAACCUUGGCCUCCUCUGCAGAAGUCGGCAUUUCAGAGGCAGCCCGGAAGCCCCCAGCAGGGCUAUCCCCCCACACCCCCGCCCACUGGAAAGGAGCGUCAUCAGACUAGGUUUUGGCUAAGGAAGAAGUUUCUCGCCCAAGUGCCUGGAUGUGUCUGCUUGACUUUCAGAACUUCUCACUCAGCCCUAAAGAUGGAACCUGUGGGUUCUCAGAUAUAUAUCACAAUUUGAGUCCUGAAGAAGAGGCCAGUUACCCACUCACCUUCCCCCAAACCCUAUGCACCUGCGCCAGCACAGUCAAGAAGAGGAGGGUGCGUAGACCCAGGUCUGCCUCUGCCACUUGCUUGGCCAUGUCACCUUGAAGCAGUUACCUGAUUCCCUGUAUUGCUUCCUCAGUUGUAGACCAAAGGCAAUGGUGUCUGCCCUCCUGCCUUAUAAGACAAAUGCAAGGGCAUUUCACCAGAGAGGACCUUGGUACUCACUUUGGCCCUGGAGGCCGUGAUGCCCAUGGGUGCGUGGCUUUAUGAGUCGCCAAGCCAGGAUGAGGUUACCUGGGUCUCCUGACUCCAGGGUUCUUGUCUGUCAGUUCACACUGCAAUUUUAUGUGAAAGCAUUAUUACUGUCCUACCCAUGGGAGAGUAAAUGUAGAUGGAGUGCUAGGAGUCUUGAGCUGGAGAGUGUAGAUUUUGAGGUCCCCGUUUGGGAAAUGUGUGCCAGAAAUGUCUGGGUGUUUAAUAAAACAGAUAUUGGAUUAUCUCA